CUUUUGAGAGCAUAAGCGCGCCCUCUGGCGGACACGCGCGGCAUUGCUGAUGCAGAAGCGCUUCUUCUCUUCUUCUUCCUCCUUGGAUGGUCCUCUGCAGGUCUUCCCCAAAGGGAGGGAUGCUGGCAGUGCCUCCUCUUCCUCUUCCUCCUCUUCUUCCUCCAGACCCAUGACCUCCUUCCUCAUCCAGGACAUCCUCCGCCAAGAGGAUGCAGGAAAAGCCAAGGCUGAUCCUGCUGUGGUUUCCAGCUCUGCUCAGGAGGACCCCAGAAGAGAUGCUCUCCCUUGGGAUGCCCACCCCAAGGGUCCCCAGGAAGUCUCGGAGAAAGACCCUGCAGAUCCUCCUGCAGAGACCUCCAUGCCGACCCCUGAAAACCCUCCCAAAUCCGUACUUCAGCCUCCAAAGCUGCAGAAACGGUCCCGGGCUGCUUUUUCUCAUACUCAGGUCAUAGAGCUGGAGAGGAAAUUCAGCCACCAGAAGUACCUGUCGGCCCCCGAACGGGCUCACUUGGCCAAGAACCUCAAACUCACCGAAACCCAGGUGAAAAUCUGGUUCCAGAACCGAAGGUAUAAGACCAAAAGGAAGCAGCUGGCCUCUGACUUCAGUGGGCUUGAUAAGAACUCAGCCAUGCCAGCCUACAAGGAUGCCAGCUUCCCCAGAGCGACCGUGGCUCUGUCUCUGUAUCACAGCUACCAGUACUAUCCAUAUUUAUACUACCUAAACGGCUGGACUCCUGUCUUUUGGUAACCAGUCGUCUUAAAAUGACCUAGCCACUUUGAUGGAGGGUGCCAUCCAAACUGUGCCCAUCUCUACUUGGCACUGUCCUUUUUCCUCCUCCGCUUUGGACAUCUAAGGGGUUCUCCCUGGUGCUCUGGAUCAGCAGCUAUCGGUUGUACUGUGCCCACUGAUACAUGAUCUAUAGCGAAAGAUGCAUGCAUUGUCAUGCAGCCAAUACAAGAGAAGGGCAUCAUUCUUCAAAGUCAUGGUACAGAACGCUUCUCAGAUCAUGGACUUGGAGGUGUAUGAAAGAGCUACUCCUGUAUGCUUCAGGUGUACAUUAAAAUAACCAAAGUCCCCCUUCUGUUGUGAAAGAAUCUUCUUGCUGCAGGGAGAUUUGUAUUAAAACAUGUGCUUUCUUAUGCAGAUGGUUCUAGACAUGGCAUUGGUUCUAGACAUGGCAUUUCUAGACUUUCAAUAAGGGUUGAUGGGUCACAUAGUCAGUGGCCAACCUGGCUAGGGGAUUCUGGGUUUUGUCAUCUAAAAUAAUUUCCCCCCCAAAUUCUUGUCUUCAUCCUUUUCAAAUCUGAAACUAACCUUUAAUCCAAAAGGAGGGUCUCAGUUUAAUUUAUUUGGGGGGUCACUUUAAAGAUUGAGGCUGCAUCUGUACUGCAGAAUUAGUGCAGUUUGACACCACUUAUCUGCCCAACUUUAUAGCAUUCUGGGAUCUGUAGUUUUGUGAAAUACAUAGAGUUCUCUGUUAGAGGGCUCUGCUGCCACCACAAACUACAAAUCCCAAGAUUCCAUAGCAUUGAGCCAUGGCAUUUAAAGCAGUGUCAAACACCUUGCAAUACAAUAUACAUGUAUAUGCAACCAGUGCAAAUGCAGUGGGAAAGUUGACUUCAUAUAAGUAUUUCCCUUUCAGCUGGAAAACAAGUAGCACACAAUCCAAGAAGCCAUGGGUCUGUAUUGAUAAAACACGCUUUUAUGAACUGAACCAGAUAUACUGAACCUGUAUUUUUGUUACAUAAAUGUUGAUUCAAGGGUUGCCAAAUGAUUAGCCCUUUGCCUUUCAUUUUAACUGAUCAAUCAAUUGAAAUCAAAAUGUCUUUGCGUAGUGCCUAAAUCUCAACAGAAUUGCCUUUUUGAUCUAUUGAAAGACAUGCGUUGCAGUUGAAUAAAUUAUUUUGUCAUU